UGGCCCCGUGUCAGAGAAGCCGGAUGAGAGCUUGUUCUUUGUGGAUACCGGCGAUGAGGAGAAAGACCGCAAACAGAACCGUGCCAAAGAGAAACCGUUGAAGGUCGACUUGAUCCUGCAGAUAGAUUCCAAGGUGCCGGCCCCCAAAGACAUCCUCGCCCACCAAGUCCCCAACGCCAGGAAGCUGAAGCGGAAGCAGCAGCUGUGGGAGAAGCUGGCCGAGAAGGGGGUGGUGCCCCGGAAGGAGAGGCUCCUCCAGGAGAGGUUGCGGAAAGCACCGGCGGAAAAAACCUCUUCCCUGGGACCCGGAAGCGCCACAAGUCCCUCCAGGGCGUUCUAUGACAUCUGGUCGGACUCAAAUCCCCUGGAUCAAGUCCUAGCUGGGAAGGACACGUGGUUCUUGGAGCAGACCAAAAAGAAGCCAGUGAAACGACCAGGGAGGCUGCUGAAGACUCCGUCGCAGCUGCCGGCCGUGGAGGUCAUCGCCCCCGGGGGGUCUUACAAUCCCAGCUUCCAAGCCCAUCAGGCUCUGCUCCUCCAGGCCCACGAAGUCGAGCUGAAGAGGAAAGACCUCCCGAUCGGUGGUCAGUGCGGUGCCGCCACUGGGGUGUGGAGCAGUGCUGGUUGGCCGAAGCCGGCCGGUUGCCAGAAGCCCCGCCUGGAGACAGUCUUCCGGGAACAGUGUGAGGGGCUUCUGGAGGAGGACAACUCUGGCGACGAGGAGGAGCACGGGGAGCCCUCGAAGCCGGAGAAGGAGGCGCUUCAGGCGGGCUCAGGUCCGGCUCCCCCCUUGACCCCGGCGGCCGUGGUAGAGAAGAAGACAGAGAGGCAGCGGAAGAAGGAGAAGGAGGCCAAGCGGCUGGUACCAAGACCCGGAUCUGGACUUGCAGCUGAGCACGGAACUGGCGGAGUCCUUGAGGACGCUGAAGGCCCCUUGGCCCCGGCCCUGGCAACCGCUCUCCGAGCUGCCCUUCAGAAGCAGCCGCAGCGGUUGGGGCAGCCUCCCGGGCCACCGGCCAAAAGAGCCCGGGAGCUGAGCGAGAAGGCGGCGCGGCUCCGGCGCCAGGAGGUCUUCCAGCUGCGCUCGAUCGGGCUGCAGGUGAAGCGCCGGGAGGCGGAGCUGCUGCGGCGGAGGCGG